AUGGAGCCCCUAAGAGAAUUUUUCUCCCAUGAGAAAUAUCUCGUCUGCCUUACAGCUGCAUUGAAGCAGGAGGUAGUGUUGGAUAGUGGUGCUACCGUGCUCAACCACUCGAUGGCGCUGGUUCAGCGUCUGGAGGCCCUGCUGACCCAGGGAAAUGGUAGUGAUGUGACCCUGCGUAUCCAGACUCUCGACACGGACGAGGUGAAGAUGAUCCAGGCCCACACGCUGGUGCUCACGAUGCAGAGCGACGUGUUUGACGACUUGCUCCUGAACCGAAACUCCAGCGUCCUGGUCCUGAGGGAAACCCAAGACUGUGCCGCUGCAUUCGAUAAAUUCAUCAGAUAUCUGUACUGCGGUGAUAUCUCAGUACGUCUGGACCAGGCAAUCCCAUUGCACAAACUUGCCAGUAAGUACCAUGUACAGCGUCUACAGCAGGGUCUCACUCGCUAUAUGACCCAGCACCUGUCCAGUGAAUCUCCUGCAGGGCACGUGGUGAGCUGGUACCAGUACGCCUUGCAGAUUGGGGAUGUAGUUCUGAAGGACAGCUGUCUGCAGUACCUCGCCUGGAACCUGUCAUCAGUUCUCCAAAGUGCAGAGUGGGGGUCCAUCAGUGAUGAACUACUCCUGUCUCUACUGCAGCGCUCUGACCUCAUUCUACAGAGUGAGCUAGAGCUGUAUGAGGGUCUAGAGGCCUGGAUCAGUCAGAACCAACCAGCCGGAGUGACGGUGGAGAACGCUCUCCGGUCGGUGCGAUACGGAAUGAUUCCGCCCCAGCACCUGUUCCGGCUGCAGAAGCAGUCCCCGUUGAUGUUACGGUACUACGAAUCCAUACGAGAUCUGCUCUUCCUCGCGUUCCAGUUUCACUCGGCCUCUCCGGUUCAGUUUGCCAAGUAUUUCGAUGUCAACUGCAGUCUCUUCACGCCGCGCAACUACCUGUCGCAAACGUGGGGUUCGCCAUGGGUAAUUAACAAUCCUACGCGGGAUGACCGAAGCUUCAGUUUCCAGACGCAGCUGGGUCCCAGCAGCCACGACUCCAGUAAACGCGUGACCUGGAAUGCUCUCUUCUCCCCGCGCUGGCUCCCGCUCAGCGUGCGAUCUUCCUACGCCGAACACGGAGCCAUGCAGCCGACGCGAACGGACAAUGGACGGCCUCGCAUCAUUGUCACCCCGGCUACCUCCAGCCCGGACUUCGCCGGGGUCAGCUUCCAGAAAACGGUGAUCGUAGCGGCAAAGCAGCAAGGAAAAGUGGUCGUGCGCCAUGUCUACAACUUCCAUCAGAGCACAGAGGAAGCCGGAGACUUUUUGGUAGAUGCAGAUUUGCAACGUCGAGCAUCUGAGUACCUAAUAGACAGCUCUCUCUACUUGCAUAUUAUAGUCAAACCCAUUUACCAUAGCCUCAUUGUGGCCAAAAAAUAA